UCUUAUAUAUAUUUUAAAAUUUUGAAAUUCGGCUAAUUAUAAUUAUAAUAUAUUUGAUAUGUAUAUCAAAUUAAAGGUUAGGACAAGAGUUUUAAUUGAUAUAUUUUAUGUAAAUAUUGAAUUUAAAAUGUAAAAGUUAAAGAUUAAAACGUAACAAAAUCCCCUCAUCUUUUAUCAUUUUUUUAAUAAAUCUUUUUUUUUUCUUUUAGUAUCAAUUUUUUUAUUAUUGUGAUUUUUUUUUUCUAUAUUAGGCUCAAUAUAUAUUUUUCUAUUAUAUUUAUAAGUAUGAUAAUUGAGUUGGUAUCGAUUUUAUAUAUAUAAAGAAAUAUUAACACAUUUUAAUAAAAAACCUAUAAUAAAUUUUCGAUAUUGAGAAUUACUUCCAUAAAAUUGAAUGAAGUUUUGUCCUUGGCCGCUUAAUUUUCUUUCCCCGAAUUAAUGCGCGUUUCAGCAAAUUUUAGGUAUUUGAAUCAUUGUAUCAUUGUAAAUCUCACCCUCUUUAGUUAUAAGUUGGUAAUUUAGAAGGGAUCAAAGGAAAAUUCUCCUAUAUAUAUUAAAAAAUGGAAAUAUCAUUUUAAAUCUUAAUUAUUUGAUUUUUUUUUUACAAUUAUACCUCAACGUAUGCGAGAUUAUAAUACUAUCGAUAUUGUUAGUAAUUUUACAACAGCAUUCAUUUUUUAGUGGUUGAUAUUUCCAAUCAACACUUCCAAAAUGAUAGUGUUUCAGCCAUAUUUUAUUUUCUUAUUAUAAUUUCGACGAGUUUACACACGUAUAUAUAUUUUUGACGUGCAUGCCGAAUUAUAGCACAUAACUGUUGCAAAUAAAUCGAAUGAUAUGAUAGAAAGAAUUGUUAAUAAUAUUGAUAGUAUAUUUUGCCUAAUAAAUAAAUAAAAUUAGAAAAGGAGAUGCUUGUACUAUAAAAUAAUUAAAGAUAAUUUUGAGUAACAAGUGGCCUAAUGGAGAUCAAAUAAUGAAACGGUAUAUAUGUGUAAGCAUACCAACCAAUUAUCAGCAUUCUAAAGAUGUGGAUAAUACAAAAAUCUGAUAUCCCAAUAACUGUCUGAGUUAUGUUAUUUCUCUCUCAAGUUUCAACUUGUUUCUAGAAAAGAUGGCUCUUACUUCAAUCUCCUUAUUACCCUUGAAAUCCAUCAAUGGCACAGACAGACCGCUCAAUCCCCUCCACAUACCUCCAAAACCCUUUUCUCUAAACUGCCAAUUGGAAACUCAAAGGGGGGAAAAUGACGCAGAGCCAACGAAGUGGAGAAAGCUCGUUUCAACUUCAUUGGCUGCAGCUGUGAUUGCCUUCACCACUGCUAACAUGCCUGCCAUGGCUGAUCUCAAUAAAUUUGAGGCUGAAACUCGAGGCGAAUUUGGGAUUGGAUCGGCUGCUCAAUUUGGUUCAGCAGACCUCAAGAAAGCUGUUCAUGUCAAUGAAAAUUUCAGAAGAGCCAAUUUCACAUCUGCUGAUAUGAGGGAAUCGAAUUUCAGUGGUUCCACUUUCAAUGGUGCUUAUCUUGAGAAAGCAGUUGCCUUUAAAGCCAAUUUCACAGGUGCUGAUUUGAGUGACACUCUAAUGGAUCGCAUGGUUCUAAACGAAGCUAAUCUGACGAAUGCAGUCCUAGUUAGAUCUGUGCUAACGCGUAGUGAUCUUGGUGGUGCUAUAAUCGAAGGCGCUGAUUUCAGUGAUGCUGUCUUAGACCUUCCUCAGAAACAGGCGCUUUGCAAGUAUGCGAAUGGCACGAAUCCGAUAACCGGAGUGAGCACCAGAAAAAGCUUGGGGUGUGGGAACAGCAGAAGAAAUGCAUAUGGUUCCCCAUCUUCCCCUCUGCUGAGUGCUCCUCCACCCAAACUCCUUGAUCGCGACGGCUUCUGCGAUUCCGCCACCGGCCUCUGCGAGGCUAACUGACGGAUGCUAUAUGUGAAAAUGGACACUUGUGUUGCAUAUGUUAUCACCAAUGUAAAUGUCUCUAGGCUUCCUCAUUUGUCUUUCAAACUUGAUGAGUAACACAUUUUUUUAUGAAGAUGUGAUUAUCUGAUGAUGAUCAUAUCUGUUGAGGAGAAGUGGCAAUGUUCAAGAUUCUUGGCUUCA